AUGCACAGCACCACGCUGCUGAUGGUGGCUGACACCACACCGAGCACGGAGCAGAUGAACAGGAAUGGAACCACAGCCCGGGGCAGCCUGCAGCCGUGGUCACAGGGUGUCAUCGCAGUGGCUGUGUUUCUGGUCCUGGUGGCCAUCGCUUUCGUGGUCAACAGGUUCUGGUGUAAGGAUAAAGUGGAAAAUGCCGAGAAUGUGGUGAGCGUGGAGGACAAGCCAGAUGCUGUCACAUCCAACGGCCACGAGGGGAGAUACGUAUCAGCUGCAGCUGACUUCAGGUCCAAAGAGAACCAGCACGCCUACGAGAACACCGUGGAGCCCGAGGAGAAGGUGAUCACCACGGCCAUGUAGCAGCACCCACCCGCCGCCCUCCUCUUCCUCUCGAUUCGCUUCCCGCUGCUGCGAUGGGCGUUUGCACAGAGACCCUCUGCACUGGCACCCCCUGGGAGCGAUGGGGCCCUGGCCCUUCCACGGCACCACCGCCUCCUGAUCUUUUCCUUUUCCGCCUGUGGGACAUGCUCUUGUCCCUCUGGGGCCGGCGUCCACGUGGGCCCUGGUCCCCAGGAGAGGUCUGGAGGUGCCACCUCUCCUGCCUGGUGGUCCCCCCACCCGGCCGGCGAGGUUGAUGUCCCAAGUCCCAGGAGGGUGUUGACCUGUUCAAGACACCGAGGGGAUCCCGCCGGGUGCCUGGGACAUCCCCACGCUCCCAGCUGCCCUCCAGGGAGCUGCUGAUGGAAAACCUGCUCCUUCCUCCCCAGCUCACCCUCCUUUUUAUGACCUACACCAUGCAUUUUAAUGUCAGAACAAACCUCCCCCUCUGUACAUAUAUUCCCGGUGAGCAAUAAAGAGAAUUGCUGGCUAUGACAGCAAA